AUGAAGAAGUUUCAACAGAGGGCUUAUAAGCGUAGAUGGGCUGCCACAACUAGGCAUUUGAAGAAGCAAUGCCGACAGUCAACUUUAGAAUUAGAGAGUGAUGAUAGCGAGCAAGAGAAUGACACGACAAUCUUUACAACUCCAGAAACAGUGACAACCCUUCAGUACAUGGAUGCUGCGGAGACUGCUUCCUGCACUGCCGCGGGUGCUGACAAUGCCACCUACAGUGGCCCUGAUAGUGAUGAGCCUGAUGAAAAUGAUGCUGAUUGGAGACUAAUCGACCAUCAUGUCACCUUGUCAUCUGAUUCAGAAAAUGAGAGUGAUAGUGACUGCUUUGAAGAUAUUUUGAGGUCUGGAUUAUUUUAUCUUCAGAAUAGCUUCUGCUAUUGGCCAAAGCCAAAUCCUACCCACUCCAGAAUCCGGAGAGCUGAGAUUCCUGACAAAGAAGUCUGGGAUAGGCUGCCAAUUCGGGUUUUCAGGAAAACAUUGACUGAAGACUUUGACAAGGCCCUUCAAUAUGAAAAACAAGCUGAAAUGUUUUCGAGCCCAGAGGAAGAAGAAAUGUCAACCAAAUGGAGCCACAUCACCCCUGAACGUUAUAGAAACGAUGAGGAAGAUGUGUUUGAUGCUGACGGCGAAGAGGAAAUUCGGCCAAAAAAGAAGUGCAGAAAAGAGAAAUUACAGAUCCUCCUCCAGCGAGUACCAGACCACUUCAGCCAGUACCAGCCAAUACUACACCACUCCAAGGCAUCCAGGCCGACCUCACAGCCCAGCGAGAAGCAGCACUUACAGGCUCAGUCCAGACAGGAAUCAUGCAUCCAGCUCAAGCCAGUACCAAACCACUCCAGCCAGUACGAGUCAGUACCAGACCACUCCAAGAAGCAGCAGGAAUGCCCUUGA